AUCCAUCUCUUUUUCUCGCUGUCAGUGGAGAACGUUUGUAAAAUUGUGUCAAAAAUCGCGUGCUCCGAAUCGCCAGUACGGUUUCUGUGUGAAUUGUUUAUUUCGCCGGUUUGUUAACAAUGAGUGUUGUUAACGGAUUGCUCCGUGUGGGAAGAUUGGCUAGGCCAUCUGCUUCAUUCGCACGAUGUCUGCUACCGACUGCUGGUUUCCCGUCAUCGUCCAGUCUCAUCCACGCACCUCGCACACUCCCCACAUGGAUUCCCGCUUACAGGACACUAAGCACUAAAGUUGCCGAAGAAGGAUAUCAUUCGAUAAUACGCGACCAGGAGAAAGCGGUCGGAACGAGUGAUAAGCAUGAGUUUCAGGCUGAAACGCGCAUGCUGCUCGAUAUUGUAGCGAGGUCACUCUACUCCGACAAGGAAGUUUUUGUACGGGAGCUUGUGUCCAAUGCAAGUGAUGCGUUGGAAAAGUUCCGCUUUCUAACUCAAACCUCCACGGAUGCUGCUAGUGGCGAAUCCGGCGAAUUUGCUGAAGCGGACCGGGCGCUCGAGAUACACAUUGGCACAAAUAAGCAGGACCGUCAGCUGACGAUACAGGAUACUGGUAUCGGUAUGACACGUGAAGAGCUUGUGGCCAAUCUCGGUACAAUUGCUCGAUCCGGGUCGAAGCACUUUAUCGAGCAGCUAAAGGAGAGCGGUCGGGGCACGCAGGAAAACGUGCAGAAUAUUAUCGGCCAGUUCGGUGUUGGGUUCUACUCGGCGUUCAUGGUAGCGGACCGGGUGGACGUGUACACCCGUUCGUCUCGUGCUGGUGCCCCCGGCUUAAAGUGGUCCUCGGAUGGAUCGGGCACGUUCGAAAUUCAGGAAGCGGAAAAUGUAGCAAUUGGCACAAAGAUUGUGAUCCAUCUGAAAGCGGACUGUCGCGAAUUUUCCGAUGAGGACCGUAUCCGGGAGGUGAUUCGGCGGUACAGUAACUUUGUCGGUAGUCCCAUUUUUCUGAACGGCAAACAGGCAAAUCAAAUCCAACCGAUUUGGUUAAUGGAACCGAAACAGGUGACCGGUGAGCAGCAUAAUGAGUUCUAUCGAUUCGUGGGCAACACGUUCGACACGCCACGCUUCACGUUGCACUAUAAAACAGACGUCCCGUUGAGUAUUCGAGCGCUGCUGUACUUCCCCGAAGGAAAGCCGGGCCUGUUCGAAAUGUCACGCGAUGCUGACAGUGGGGUGGCACUGUACACGCGCAAGGUACUCAUUCAAUCGAAGACGGAAAAUUUGCUCCCGAAGUGGUUACGCUUUCUGAAGGGAGUCGUCGAUUCGGAAGACAUUCCACUCAAUCUGAGCCGCGAACUGUUGCAGAACAGUGCGCUGAUCCGAAAGUUACGAACGGCAUUAACCAAUCGCACGCUACGCUUCCUGCACGAUCGUUCGCAAAAGGAACCGGAAAGCUACGAUAAGUUCUACAAAGACUAUGGCCUUUUCCUGAAGGAGGGCAUCGUGACUAGCCAGGAGCAGCAGGAGAAGGAGGAGAUUGCUAAAUUGUUACGUUUCGAAACGAGCAAGGAACCCGACCGGACGGUAUCAUUACCUGAGUACUGUCAGCGACAGGCUGAAGGUCAGAAGGAUAUCUACUAUCUGGCCGCACCAAACCGUACCCUGGCCGAAGCCUCUCCCUACUACGAGUCGCUGAAAAAGCGCGGCAUUGAGGUGUUGUUCUGCUACGAAGCUUACGACGAGUUGGUACUGAUGCAGCUCGGUAUGUACCUCGGCAAGAAUCUUGUCUCGGUCGAGAAGGAAAUGCGCCGUUCGGAUCCAGCAGCCGAUGGCGUCGACCAGGACGGUUUGAUCGAGGGUUCAUUGCUGAAAACGCAAAUUGAUGAACUGUUACCUUGGCUGAAACAGCGACUAGUCGGCAAGGUGUCGAACGUGAAGACGACCGGCAAACUCGAUACACAUCCGUGCGUCGUGACUGUGGAGGAAAUGGCUGCCGCACGCCACUUUAUCAAAACCCAAAGCCAUAACAUUAGCGAGGAGAACCGUUACGCACUAUUGCAACCGCAGUUUGAAAUUAAUCCAAAACAUCCCAUCAUCAAGAAACUGCACAAACUCACGUCCAGUGAUCCUGAGCUGGCGGAAUUGCUGGCAAAACAGCUCUUCUCUAAUGCCAUGGUAGGUGCUGGUUUGGUAGACGAUCCACGGAUGCUGCUGACAAGCAUGAACGAUCUACUGCAGAAGGUACUUGAUAAGCAUUAGAUGCACUUUCGCUUCCAAUUUUAAGGUAGGUAAUACGAUGUUUGUUAAAAUAAAAUGUCUAAUAUAAGGAUGUUAAGCAACGGUGAAAACAA